CCUCAGCUAGCCCGCCCGCACGCCUCUAGCCAACUCUCACACGCUCGCUCACUCCGACGCCGCGAGCUACCCGGCAAGCACGUACGUACGCUGCCAGCCAGCGCGAGCACAAUGCCGUCCGACGCGGCGGCCAAGGGCGUGAAGCUGGAGCGGUACGCGAGCGGCGGCGCGCUGCUGCUGCGCCGGGUGGCCAGCGGCAAGUUCGUCUCCGCCUCCUCGCACCUGCUCUUCCGCGCCACCGUGCUCGCCACGCUCGCCCUCGUCUUCCUCUUCGCGCUCCACUACCCCUCCCUCCUCUCCCGCUCCUUCAGCCUCGCCUCCGACGGCUCCUCGUCCUCCGUGCCCGGCGCGUCGCGGUCGCACGCCUCGCACCGGAGCCUGCUCGCGUCCACGUCCGCGGCGGCCACGUACGGGAGCGAGCGGUGGCAGAAGGAGAUACGCCGCAGCGCCAAGCCGGGCCGGGACGGGGGGCUGUCGGUGCUCGUCACGGGCGCCGGCGGGUUCGUCGGCGCGCACUGCUCGCUCGCGCUCAAGGCGCGCGGCGACGGCGUCGUCGGCCUCGACAACUUCAACUCCUACUACGACCCGGCGCUCAAGCGCGGGCGCCAGCAGCUCCUCGCCGACCGCGGCGUCGUCGUGCUCGACGCCGACAUCAACGACGCGCUCCUGCUGGAAAAACUCUUCGAGGCGGUGCCCUUCACGCACGUGCUGCACCUGGCGGCGCAGGCCGGGGUGCGCUACGCCAUGGAGGCGCCGCAGACGUACGUGGCGUCCAACGUGGCCGGGCUGGUGAGCGUGUUCGAGGCGGCCGCCAAGCGCGCCGACCCGCAGCCGGCCGUCGUCUGGGCCUCCUCCUCCUCCGUCUACGGGCUCAACACCGACGCGCCCUUCUCCGAGGACCACCGCACCGACCGCCCGGCGUCGCUCUACGCGGCCACCAAGAAGGCCGGCGAGGCCAUCGCGCACGCAUACAACCACAUCUACGGCCUCUCCAUCACCGGCCUCCGCUUCUUCACCGUGUACGGGCCCUGGGGCCGCCCCGACAUGGCCUACUUCUCCUUCGCCCGCAGCAUCGUGGCCGGCGAGCCCAUCACGCUCUACGCCGACGCGCGCCGCGACUUCACCUACAUCGACGACGUGGUCAAGGGCUGCGUCGGCGCGCUGGACACCGCCGGCAGGAGCACCGGGUCCGCCAGGUCCGGCAAGAAGAGCGGCCCCGCGCCGCUGCGCGUGUACAACCUGGGCAACACCUCCCCGGUGCCUGUGACCCGGAUGGUGGCCAUCCUGGAGAAGCUGCUGGGGAAGAAGGCGAACAAGCGCAUCAUCGCCAUGCCCAGCAACGGCGACGUGCCCUUCACCCACGCCAACGUGAGCCACGCGGCGCACGACUUCGGGUACCGCCCCACCACCUCCCUCGACGCCGGCCUGCGCCACUUCGUGGACUGGUUCGUGCAGUACUACAAGCUCGACAUCAAGAUCGCCAAACCGUCCACCACCGGCAAGAAGCCGGCGGCGGCGACGAAGAAGAAGGCCUCCGCCACGUCGGCGUCGUCGUGAGCAGAGCACCCCGGGCCCAGCCGGCGAGAGAUGGAGCACCGGCACCGACACCAAGUGUUUAUUCCUUCCCUAGCUAAUUCUUGGAGGCAUCAACUUGUCUUUCUUGUCUGUAAUAACCGUGUAAGUGUUGAUCUUGAGGUGUUUUAGGUAGCAAAUAAUGGUGGGAAUUGAACAGCAAGGGAUAGGACCGCAAAAAUGCAGAUAACUAUUAGUAGAUGGGGGGUAUAGUCACAGCAAACAGGGGAGCCUGGCCAGGACUGAAGAAAGAUGAAGUCACUGGCUUCUUUUCCAAUCAAAAUCGUUUCUUUUCCA